GGCAUGUUGGAUCGGAUUCUCUGUAAUCGACUUCAGGCUAAAUAUCUAAACAAUGGAGGCGCAGGACCACUGGGAACGUUCCUCGGGAGAAGAAAUUAGCGACGGCGAGGUCAAUUUUCGAGACACAAAUGACGUAUGCGACGAUGACGAUCUCUAUUACACAUCAGGUUCCGGUUGUCCAUCCAAGCUUCAAUUCAGGAGAGAUGUUUCCAAGGCACGUUGGAAUCAGAAGAUGCGAGUGGCUGAGGUUCUGGAAAAGAAGGGUAAGAUGUGGACAACUACAGGAAUAGUGCGUGGUGGCCGGACUUACUGCUUCCUUGAAGAGACAUUGUUUCUGGCUGAAAUUGGGGCAAUGCGUCUUGUAGAUGAUUCUGAUACUUGUUUAACCCUAAAAGAUAUCUAUGAAAAGGUUGCAGAGGGAAACAUUGGAUGCUGCUAUGAUUUUUUCCAGGUUUACAAGCAAUUGAAGUCACUUGGUUACAUUGUUGGGCGGCAUGGUGUACCUUGGACAUUUAGGAGCUCUAAGAGCACCUCAGCGUCUCAUUCUUUGAAAGAGGAGGAUUCAAUUGUUGAAUUGUUCAGUAAUAUGCGGGUCAAUGAAAGUUUGAGGCCAUCUUUUGAUGUAUACCAUCCAAACAGCAGGUUUAGAAAAUCUGCUCCAGGCGAUCCAAGCUUUGUGCUUUGCUUAGCAAGUGGCUCUCCACCUUCGAAAGCUGAAAUACAAGUCCUUGAAAAACAAUGUAAUGGCAUCCCUUUGAAAUUCUGUGACAUUGAGCAUGGACGGAUCAGUUUUUUCUCCUUUGAUGAGGUUGAGCUUCCUGUUUUACCUUGAUUUUUGGAUGGCUGCAAUUUCAUACUAAUGGAGCAUGGAAAAAUUACUAGAGGAUUACCUGAAGUCAUUGCAUGCUCGCAGUUGCAUGAAAUUGCAAUAACUCUCCGGGAUUGUAAGCAUUGAGGUUUGCAAGCAUGUGUCAAAGCUUCUAUGCAUGCUUUCAAUCAAAUGGAGAAGAGUUAUUAUUGGCCUUGGCUUUCUAUUGGGGUCUGUGGUACAAAACCUUGCGCAGUUCCAGAUGUGGAGUAGCACACUUUCCAUUGUCUGUCAGCCUCACUAUUUUUUUAUCUGGUCGCAAUUGGAGAAGAAACGAUAGUGUCAAAUGAUGUGAUCCGUACAGAUCUUCCUUCGCUUGAAGGAUGCUAUCUUCUGGAGUUUCUCAAUUUCAUUUUUACUCAGUGCAUGCUUUUUGAAACAAAUUGGCAUUGUUUUUAAUACUUGCAGGAUUUUGGAGGGAGCUUACAUGGAAUUGCUUGGAACAGAAACUAAGACCAAGGGAUUAAAGCAAAGCAAGCAAAAGUUCAUUAGGAUUCUAAGAGAUGCUGUAAGGGGAAAUGUUUUUGGUGGAGAUGAUGUGGCUAUGUUACUCUCAUGAUUCAUGAGCUGAUGUAUCUACGUGGGGCAAAGGUUCACGACUCUUCUCAAAUUAUGAUCAGAUAGUAGUCUUGUCCUCACAUAAAUCCAAAAGAAACAAGAGGAGGAGAUGAUGGGCUCCUUGGCGUGGGGAAGUGUCUAUUUCAAAAUUUAAAGAAAGAAGCCUGUGUCAAAGAUAUGUACAGAAUAAUUCAUGGGCCUAGUUUUAGCCAUUUGGACAAUAAUCGUGGUUGAAGAAAAAUGUGACAUCUUGAAUCUUCUUCUCCUGUCAUAUCAUCUGAUUUGGUAGAUAAGAUUAUUUUGCAUGAAAUUCAAAAUGGUCCUUGGCAUCUGUUCA